GUACUCCGGCGGGCGGGCGGGCGAGCUCGGGCGGAGAGAACUCCGACGCCGGCUCGCCCCAGCCAGCUCCCCAGGCCGCGGCCAUGGGAGGAGUGGAGGCUGCCGGGGGAGACCCGCUGCUCGGGGUGGUUUUGAAAUAGCGAGGAAGUUGAUCUGGGCUGCCGACCAAGGAGCGAGAGGGAGAGAGGAAAGGGGGAGCCGGGAGGAGCCAGGAUCAUGCACUCGGCUCGUUGAAGCCCAGCAGGCCAGACGGGGAUGUCUGUGAGGAGAGGCGACCCCAGUGCAGAGCGCUAAGGAGGAGUACGUGUCCGCAGGGAGGGGGCUGUGGGGCCUUUUCCAUCCGGGGGCUGACCAGCCUCCCUCUCCCCAGACCCCGCUUGCUUGGACUCAGCUGCAGCUCCCGGCCCCUCCGUGCCCCUGGCGAGAGGACCAUGAAAGAAGAAGACCUCAUUGGAGAGGACGACGACAUGCCAUCCUUCAGAUACAGACCAGACGGCAGGACACGGACCAACUGCAGCCGGUGCCAGAAGAACCUGUCGCUCCAGACCUCCGUCAAAGGGCUGUACGUCUUCUGCGUCUUGCUGAUCAUCGCCGUGAUGGUGCUGGCGUCCCUGGUCUUUAAGAAGGUCAAUUCCAUAGCUGAUGACAUCAGCUCGGCCCAGACUUACUACGAGAAGAAGAUCGUGUCUGUCCAGGAGAACCUCCAGGAGCUCGAUCAGAAAUCCUCGGGGAACUGCUCCUUCUGCCAUGACACAGGGCAGCUGGGGCAGGAGAUAAGCAAGUUGCAGGAAGAACUGGAGGAGAUUCAGAAGAUGCUCUUGGUCCAGGAGAUCCUGCUGGACCGGACCUCGCAGGGGUACCAGCAGCUCUCAUCCACCAGCAGCAAGAUCACCAGUGAGAUGGACGGCUGCUCGUUCUCCAUCCGGCAGGUCAACCAAACCUUGGGGCAUUUCCUAGCCCAGGUGAGAGGCUGGCAGGCGGCCACCUCGGCGCUGGAUGACUCCCUGAAGGGGCUGCUGCAGGAGCGGUACGACGUCAAGGCGGUGGUGGAGCAGAUGAACUUCACGGUGGGGCAGACCUCGGAGUGGAUCCAGGCCAUCCAGCGGAAGACGGACGAGGAGACGCUGACUCUGCAGAAGAUGGUGACCGAGUGGCAGAACUACACCCGGCUCUUCGGGAACCUGAGGGCCACCUCGUCCAAGACCAGCGAGCUGGUGAAGAGCAUCCAGGCCAGCAUGAGCUUGGCCUCGCAGAGGAUCAGCCAGAACGCGGAAGGCAUGCAUGACCUGGUGCUGCAGGUGAUGGGGCUCCAGCUGCAGCUGGAUAAUAUCUCCUCCUUCCUGGACGACCACGAGGAGAACGUGCACGACCUGCAGUACCACACCAGGUACACACAGAACCGGACGGCGGAGCAGUUCGAGACCCUGGAGGGGCGCAUGACCUCGCACGAGAUCGAGAUCAGCACCAUCUUCACCAACAUCAACGCCACGGACAGCCACGUGCACAGCAUGCUCAAGUACCUGGACGACGUGCGGCUCUCCUGCACCUUGGGCUUCCACUCCCACGCCGAGGAGCUGUAUUACCUGAACAAGUCUGUCAGCCUGAUGCUGGGCACCACGGACCUGCUGCGGGAGCGGUUCAGCCUGCUCAGCGCCCGGCUGGACUUCGACAUCCGGAACCUGUCCAUGAUCAUGGAGGAAAUGAAAGUGGUGGACGUGAGGCACGGGGAGAUUCUGCGCAACGUCACCAUCUUACGAGGUGUGCCUGGCCUCCCUGGACCCAGAGGACUCAAAGGCGACGUGGGAGUGAAGGGGCCUGCAGGAAGCAAGGGGGAGAAGGGCGACGCCGGGGGCCUGGGCUCUCCCGGCCCGCAGGGCUCCAGAGGACCUCCAGGCAUCCCAGGCCCUCAAGGCGAGAGGGGACCGAUCGGCGUGAAGGGCGUGCCGGGCUUUAAAGGCGCUAAGGGCAGCUUUGGGCAAGCUGGCCUCAAAGGACAGAUGGGCCUGAAAGGCGACAUAGGCCCUCAGGGGCCGGAGGGAGCUCCGGGGCCGGUGGGGCCAGCAGGGCCGCGAGGGAAGCCAGGGAUCCCAGGGAAGCCAGGGUCUCCAGGCCAGCUUGGCCCACCAGGUCCAAAGGGAGACCCCGGUGUGCGUGGGCCCCCAGGCUUACCGGGGCCACCGGGUGUCUAAGCCAGCCCCACCCGCAGCCCUGCCCUACGGGAUGCUGGCCCAGCUGGGACGGGGAGGGGAGGUCUCUGCAGUGCUGAGUGAACGUGCCAGCUGGCCGGAGGCGCAUCCCAAGGCCUGUCACUAGCAUCCCCCUGGGAGAUUCAGCCGGCGAUCCCGGCAGGGAGCCCGACCCCCCGCACCCCUCCCGGGACGUCCUGCCUGAGCAGAGCGGCUGGGAUCCCCGCUCGCUGUUAGGACCUGGGUCCACGCUGACCUGCACAGCAGGCAGCCCCCAGAGACAGCCGAGGGCAGCACGGCCCCCUGGAUGGGAAACCAGUGCUGCCCACGUCCCGCCCUUCCCUUUCCAAGAGCCUGUUUGUACCUGUUUGACCCAGACACGCGGGGCUGUUUGAAAGGCAAAGAGCUAAAUCUCCGUGUGUGUGAGAGAGACUGGGCUAGGCCUUGCCAAGAACGCCCUGCCCUGCAGCUGGGCCCAAGCAGGCCUCCCACGUCUCUCGUUCCCUGGCAGAGCCUGGGCGUUUUGCUGCCUGGCACAGACCGACGUGCCUCCGGCCGCUUCAUUGCCUUGGUUUCCAUCAUCCGCUUCUUUCCCUGCAUCCUCUGCUCCAGCCCUCGCUCACUGCAAGUGGGUCUGGGCCCCGCGCUCUCAUGCCACACCUGGUCGGGGCUGUCUCUGUGUAUUCGGACACGUUGAUUCUCCCCCCUGGCCCACAUGGCAGCCAGUUGGGCGUGGUCCAGAUGGCCUCAGCUGCUGGUACCCGUUCAGCUCCUGGUGGGCAGAAACCCAUGGCACAAUCACCCCCUGUUGUCAGUAACUACCGGUGCGGUGCUCUGCUCUUGUGCGAUGAUGAUAACAGUCGGCUGCGUGCGUGUUCCCUCGGUGUGCUGCCCCGGCUCUGCGCAGAUCGCUGACCCAGCAGACCCCGAGAGAACCCCCAAAGACACAGACUCUAGUAAGGUACGAAGGAACCCGAGCCAGGUUUAUGGUCAAACGAAGCACAGUAAUACUUUCCCGUAGACUCUACAAGACAUACUACGAAUUUGUGCCCCCUGACAAUGGACCGGCUCAGUCAGUGACGGGACUCUCCACUGCCCCUAGGCUGGCCAAAGACGCGCACUCCGGGCCCUACUUUUAUACAGAUCACUCAUCCCUAUUGACGUAUUGAGGUACAGCCCCUUGGCUCAUUAGGGUGCUGUCUCCCUCUUUGAUCAUGUUGUUCCAGACAUACAGAUCUAUCCAUCAUGCUGUCCUGUCUGUAAGAUGCACCUGCCUGUUC